UUUUCCGUUCUUUUUUUGGUGUUUAGUUGAAUCUAAGAUCCGGAAUAGAUUUUGAACUGCUAGUCUGUACCUGCCAUAUCUAAACCUUACAUUGAAAUGCGCUUUCUAUAGACUAUACUGAAUACUGGCUAAACUUAUUUCAAAAUAACAAUGUCAUUUAACUUUGGUGCCACAACACAGCCGUCGCUCUUUGGAGCACAAACAUCAACAGCAUCAACUGGAUUUGGCUUUGGUGCUGGUGCUUCAACUGGUUUUGGAUCUGGCAGUACCGCUGGAGGCACUGGCUUAGGAACGUUUGGAAGUACUGCUUUGCCGAGCUCUGGAACUGGCACUGGCGUAUUUGGUGCUACCACCACAUCAGCUCCAUCUGUCUUCGGAGGUUUUGGAACGUCAACCUCCUCUUCUCCCUUUUCAUUUACACCUUCUACAUCUGCUUCAACAGGAUUUGGAGGUUUCGGGACAGGAACUACUGGAUUUGGUGGUCUUGCAUCGACAGGCACAACUGGUGGAUUUGGCGGGUUUGGUAGCACUAGCUCAGGGACACCUGGGUUUGGAACAUCCACUUUUGGGACCACUUCUGCAUUUGGCAAUAAUGCUACCCCUUCAGGCUUUGGCACAUCAGGGACAUCUGUGUUUGGGAAUAGUGGAUCUUUGUUUGGUUCUGGACAGCCAACACUGGGAACUGGAGGAACAUCCACUUUUGGUUCAACUGGGACUUCUGGAUUUGGUGGCACAGGACCAUUUGGUGCCCCAUCUACUGGCUUGUUUGGAGCUUCUGUUCAGGCGCAGACUGCACUUCAGCAAGAAGAGGCUAACCUGGCUAAUGUUGCUAUGGCCGUGUCAUUACCCCAAAUAUUUGGGGAUGAAAGAGAUGCAAUCAUUGCUAAGUGGAAUCAACUCCAGGCUUACUGGGGCACAGGGAAAGGCUUCUUUUCUCCAAAUGGUAGUGUCGAUUUUAAGCCUGAUAACCAUUUUUGCAGAUUUAAGGCAUUGGGAUAUCACCUCAUACCCAAAGGCAGCAAUGAACUGGGACAAGUAAUUCUGGUUUUUAGCAGACGGGAGGAAGAAGUAAGCUCACUCCAACAGCAAAUCGUGGACACGCUGCAGAAAAUUCUUGGCAGUAAACCCACAUUGAGUGUCUGUGUCGAAGGCAUCAGACCCCUGCCAGAUGACAAAACAGAAGUGGUCAUCUAUGUUUUAGAGCGUCCACCUACUGGUCCUGCCAAGAGGGUCACUGCCAGUGAUUUGUUUAAUUUCUUAAACCAGCCUGCGCAGAAGGGCCAGAUAGCAUCCCAGCUGAAUGUAGAAAGUCUGCUACCGAAAGUUGGAUGGACUGAUGGGCAGCUUAAAGAAUACCUAGAUAAACCACCAGCAGGUGUUGAUCCAUUGCUGUGGCAACAAGCAAAGUUAGAUAAUCCAGAUCCUGAGAAGUACAUCCCUGUUCCAAUGAUUGGUUUCAAAGAACUUCAAAGGAGAUUAAAACAUCAGGCAGAACAAACAAGAUUGUAUCAGCAAAGAUUAGAUGUAAUAGCCAGUGACUUGUCAGAUCUACAGACCCAGCACAGUACUAUGUUAUCCAAACUUGAAGACCAUAAACGUAAAGAUCUUGAGCUGGGUCAUAGGCUACUCAAGGUCAUUGUAAAACAAGAAAUUUAUCGUAAAAUGGGUUACGCCAUACAAGUUGAAGAGGAGACGUUAAAAGUUCAGCUUGAACAGUUGCAAGUAGAACUUAAUCAUCCUACUCAGUUUAAGGGUCGUUUAAACGAACUAAUGUCUCAAAUGAGAAUGCAGCUUCAAAUGGGAUCCGGAAGGUCGGACCCAGCCUAUCAGAUCAACCCAGAGACACAAGCUGAAAUUAGAACAAUGCUGAAACAACAGCAAGAUGGCAUCCAGCACUUGAUUGAGAUUAUCAAGGAGGAUGCUGCAGAUCUUCAGCUCAUAGAACAGGGAAUCUCCAAGUCUCCAGCAAGAUAAAGUCUUGAAGUAGCUCACAUUUGAAACAUGUUGAAUGUCAAGCAGAUUAGCCCCAUUAACUCCUAUGUCUUGUUUAUAAAAUUCGCAUCCCAUUCCUGUGAUGAGCCUAAUAAAAAAAACCCACUUAAACAUAGAAUGGUAAAUGUUUUUUCAAAAGUUGUAUACUUUCAAUAAUCCAUUUAUAUAGUUGAUCUUAAAUGCUAAGUCUGUUUUCUUGUUCAGUACGUGAUAGGAAAAAUUCUGUUUAGAAAACUGCUGGUACCAGUAGUAUUGUACUGCAAUAGGAGUUAAUCUGUUAAGUGAACCCAUUGAGCAAAAGAUCUGGUGACUCUGAAGCUGUUAUGCAUUUCUCCCCUCAUCGGCUUCCCCGUACAUUCUGUUAUAAUCAUUUUAUUGUCUACAAUGCACACAUCAUAUUUUGAAAUAUUCAGUUUGUUGUUUUCAUUUGUUGGUAUCUUCAAAAUAUACACAAAAAACAAACAAAACCAAACAAACAUUGUUUGUAAAUAAAGAAAUCAUUUUACA